GUGUGUGUGUAAAUCUAUUCCACCUUCUUGUUGGGUCACGAUGGCAUCUGUUGUGUUUCAUGUCGACGGAGAGCCAGUGAGUCUCUGUGAAACUCAGUACAGAAACACAUGCUUCAGAUCGAGUGUGUGUGUCCCCUGCGGUGCGUGUGAAAUUCAUGAGAAAUUGACACAUACUGGGGGACUUCCUUGACUGUUGUUUUGUGCUGUGUUUGCUGGCAGCGCCGUCAUGAUGAUGAUGAUAAAGCUGAAGAUCUACGCUUGUGUGAGUGAUUUAGUGUUGUGCUGCUCAGCGUGAUGUUGUGUAAUCAGAUCUGAGUGUCUCCUGCGGAGCCGCUGGAGCCCAUCACGUCCAGCACUGUCACUCACAGCAGAAGAAGACGUUCAGUCGAGUGUUCAAGCUGCUCAUUUACACACAACCAUCGACUCCAUCAAGAGUCCCAGUCUGUUUCUCACUCAAAACGUUAUAGGAGUUCACGGUGUUUUUGGAGAUUGGAUGGAAUCUCUCAGUAAUGGAGAAGGUCCAGAUGAUUUCUUCUUCUCUCUGCUGUUGUGUGUGUGUGUGUCUGGUUGUGAUCCUGACACACACUGCUACAGACGUCGCUCCAUUAGUUCUGUUGUCUUUACUGUGCGUCACUGGCGUUACGGCUGCUGUCUGAGGAAUGAGGGCCGGUUAUUUCGGAGGGAUUUUUCCAAAGGCCAAAACCAGCUCUCCUUGAGGUUCAGAGGAACGCCAGGAAUCCUGCUCUCCUCCAGAGCCGCCAGCACUUAAACACACAGAGUCCUCGGGAGACAACCUAACGCUGCUUUAUAUAAACCUCCUCCUGAUGAUCCGCCGGUGGAGACUGAUGACAUCAUGAGGCCUCAGCGGGUUCGACUGCAGUAUGAAGCUGCUUCACUGAAUCCGACCGCAAUCGUGGGGUGUAAAGUGUGUCGAGUUCCCGAAGGCUCCACUGAACGUUACACGAGGUGGAUCAACUCUCUGAGUCCAGAGCAGCUCCUCACACAGGUGUACACGUCUCACGGGCCGACGGUCAUCAUGCCCACCUGGUUCUGUUCCCGUGACUGGUUUGAGGAAGUGGGUCUGUUUGACGAGGGAGGGAAGGGCGUUCCUGAGGACCUGCUCUUCUUCUACCAGAGUCUGCGUCGAGGAGGUCACGUGAUGCGCGUGGACGAGUGUCUGCUGGUGUAUCGCUAUCAUGAACACGCAGCCACUCACUCAGUGCUGGAAGAGACCAUCUGGAAUCUCCGUGUCCACUUCCUGCAGGAGCGAGUGCUCAGCCAAUGGGAAUCCUUCACCGUGUGGAAUGCUGGGAAACAGGGACGCAGACUCUACCGCAGCUUGAGUCCCACCAAUCAGAAGAAGGUGAAAGCGUUCUGUGACGUAGACGAGAACAAAAUUCAGAAGGGCUUCUACACGUACGAGGAGUCGAAGGAACGACCCAAACCCAGGAUUCCUGUGCUGCACUUCACAAACGCAUCUCCGCCGUUCAUCGUGUGUGUGAAGCUGGACAUGACCGAGGGAGUUCUGGAGCAGAACCUGCGCUCGCUGCAGCUGAAGGAGGGACUUCACUAUUAUCACUUCAGCUGAAGACUGAAGCCUGUGUCACUGUAGUUCUCCUUCGUUCCUGAGUGAUGCUCAGAACAAACCCUUGUCCCACAGACACUUGCUCUCAAUCAGGUCCUCUUGCAGUCAGAGAGCGCUGGAUCCCUGUUUAUGACAUUAUUGAAGAGAAAUUGAGCGGCAGAUUCUUCAGUUUACCCCAAACACACACCAUAACCUGUUCAUGAUCCAUAACCCGGCUGAGCCAGUAUUUCUCAUUAGUUGAGGUUUUCAUCUAAUAUAGGCAUUUUAUUUAUAUUUUAUUUCAGGAUUUUAAAUUGUUUUAGUUAACACUGUUUUAGUAUUAGAUUUUGUUUCAAAUGCUUCUGAAAUGUAUUGUGGGAUUUUCAACUGGUUUCUGUCAUGUUUUUGUUGCGUGUGUGUGUGUGUGUGUGUGUGCGUUACCAGCAAAUUUGAAUCAUUCCUGACAGAUCUGGUUAGUUUUAUCUCUCUUCCUCUCAACAGUCCUUCAUUUCUGUGUGUGUGUGAGUGGUGUGUGUGUGUGUGUGACGCUGGAAUGUGUGCUGCGUUAAGACAUUAUCUGAGGUCAGUGGCCACGCUCGUGUGUGUGUGUGUCUGUCUGUUUGUGUGCUUUUGCAUCUGUGUGUGUCCCAGGUGAUGGAGCGCGCGUGUGUGUGCGCAUUUGCGUGUGUGUCUGUGUGUGUGUGUGUGUGUGUGUGUGUGUGUGUGUGUGUGUGUGUGUGUGUGUGUGUGUGUGUGUGUCAGGUCACAGUUCAUGGCCUGUAAAUAUUUAGGAUGGUGUGUAGGUGGAGGGUCAGAGCUCAUCUGAACAGUGACACACCCACACACACACACACACACACACACACCCCAUCCCAAAUAAACAUGUCUGUAGAUAGAGCCCUGGAUCUCCUGACACACAACCAUCCCAAACACGCUUUUUGUUGUAUAAAUUUAACUAUUGUCUUCCUUCAUACCUUCAAAUAGGUUGUUAUUAAUAAUAUUAAAUUACAUUUAUUUAUUGAACUUAA